CUAUUUUACCGAAAUGCCCUUGUACUUGCAUUAAAACCCAGAUUUAUUUCCUUGAGUAAAACCUUUUUCUAAAAUAGAUUUCUUUUUUUUUCUUUUGCAAGGUUGGGUUUUGUUACCAGGUGCAGGAAAACCCUAAUCUUUUUGUUCAUUUCCUUAUGCUUUUGCAGAUUUUCUUCUUCUAUUUUUAAAGGUUUAAAGACGAUGUAAAGAAAGAAUCUUCAAGGUGAAGGUUUCCCCAACCUUUGAUAGGAUCUCAAACUAGAUUAUUACCUUUCUUCUAUUGGAGAAUCCAACACCGGUUUAAAGGAUAUAGGAUCAUUGUUUCUUUUUCUUGUGGGGACAAUGAUCCUAUCAAAGAAGUAUCGUUGUAUACACUCAUCUAGCUGUCAAUGCACAAAGGGUCAUCUAAGCGAAGAUGUAAUUUUCCUAGUGUUUCAACAACUCAACUGGAAUCCUAAGUUGAUCGCCAGUCUUUCAUGCGUAUGCAAAUGGUUCGAUGAUCUUUCCAAGAGAGUACUGUGGAAAGAAUUCUGCAAAACGAGGGCCCCGAAGAUGAUGCUUGAUCUUCAGACUAGUGGAAGUCACAGUGUUGAUGGGAACUGGAGAGCACUCGGAAAACUGCUUAUCUAUUGUUCGGGUUGUAGUGCUGGUCGCUUGUUCAACAGUGUUCAAAUACCUGGCCAUUUUGUUUACAGGACCAGGUUCUCGAGGACAUCAGGCAAGAGCUACCUUCUACCACAAUGCAGAACUGAUAUUUUAUAUGUGUCCGACCCUUGUGAACAUCUGGACCAAGGGGAGGAGGGCGAUGUGGGAUUUGUUCGAGGAGUUUUCAAGUCGUUCUUGGUUUCAAAGGUUCGGAAGAUGUUGAUUGACAGGGCAGCAAAGCUUCACCCGACAGCUGUGUGCCCAUAUUGUAAGGCAAAGUUGUGGGACAUGCUGCAAGCUAAAAUGAUACCGCAAAGUGCAAGCUGCAUGCUGGGUGCUUAUGAGGAAUGCAUCGAGUAUUAUGUGUGCCUUAACGGACAUAUGCUUGGCAUCUGCACUCUGUUACCAUUGUCUGAUUCUGAAGCGGCAUCUGAACCAGAGUGAUAGUUUUGAAUGCAACCCAGGUAACCUCAUGCGGAAAGAAUUCAUAUUUCAUGUAAAAGGAAUUACACAUUUUAGAAAAUUGGCAAUGAUUGUGUGUGGUUAGUUCAAACACAAAUUGCUCAAUGGAAGACCUGUUCUUUGUUGCAAGCCUAUACUCCUUAGGCAGACAUUAUAUCAUCCGUAGUGCUGCCUCCAUCUUUUAUUUCUUGAGAGAGGGUAAUUAGAUUCUUAGUGUUGACUCCUUUUUCUCCAUGUACAUUCGUAGUGUGGUUCAUUAGAUUUUUGCGUAAAUCACAUUAACUAUCCUUUGUCAUAGAACAAGCAAUGCAUACGGUGUAGGUUAAUAAUCCUUCCUUGGAGUUUAUGUGAAUUAUUGGCUGACAAAAUAUACGUAUGUCUGACUAAAUAUAUUGUGUUGUUGGCUGUUCAUUUGUCGUCCCAUGUGU